CGUACUUUGCGCUGAGUAUUGCGUUAACGCCCACUUGAGGUAUUGCUCUUUUUUUUCUCUCUGCGGAGAGACCGCUCCAUUCAUAGGGUUGGGCAGGCAGGCAGCAGAAAACGAAGAGUGGAAGAAACACCAUCGGUGGAACCGAAAGGAUGGUCUCGCGUUGAGCCCACCAGGCCCCCUUAAUCCGCGAAAUCUUCGCUGGCCAUUUUCCUUCCCAUUAGGACAUACCCCGAAUUUAAACCGACACCCUCUCUUCAGGAAUGGGACUCAAGUGUCUCGGCUGAAUGCUGGCGUUCCCAUCCUUGUUUUUUGCAACCUGCCGCGGAAAUAGACUGACUUCCUCGUCGCCUGUUCAUCGGCUGCCGCAGACCUAACGCUUGAUUCGACUCAUUGAGCCCAGACCGUCCACGGACUCGCUGGCUCAGGCAUCUGGACACAUCGGGGCUGGUCAGUCGUCGUCGGAAAAAAGCAAAACGUGCCUGUGUGUGCUUUUGCUGCCUGUAUGAUGCCGACACAUUUGCGUUUCCGGAGAAGGUCAUUCCUUGGGCUUUUAUUCCUUUUUUCGCUCUCCACCUCGGUACUAUAUUUCAUCUACUCCGCCCCCGGAAUCGUGAAUGAGUAUGUAUUCAUGGUCCAAGCCAGAGGCAUCCAGAUUAGAGAAAACGUGAAGAACAUAGGGGCUCAGGUUCUGGAGCAAGUUGUGAGAGGGGCCUACAGCAUCAAUGGCACAGAUUAUUCCUAUGACUUCAACGAGAGCGAGAGCGAUGCUCCUCCCACCACUUACCUCCCUGAGGGUUUCACAUACCUCCCUUCGCAGGUUUGCCCUGAGAAGCUGCCCUCUAUGAAGGGCAGGUUGGAGGUGAACAUGAGUGAAAUAUCUCUGGAGGAGGUGGAGAGGUCCUUGCUGGAGCGAGAGCCCACCAUGGCUCUGGGAGGCUUCUGGAAGCCCAAAGACUGUUUACCUCGCUGGAAGGUGGCAAUCCUCGUUCCAUUCAGGAAUCGUCACGAACACUUGCCCAUCCUACUGAGACACCUGGUGCCUGUGCUGCAGAAGCAGAGACUCCAGUUUGCCUUUUAUGUCAUUGAGCAGGGAGGAACAGAACCAUUUAACCGAGCCAUGUUGUUCAACGUGGGCUUUAAGGAGGCCAUAAAGGACCUGGACUGGGAUUGUCUGAUCUUCCAUGACGUGGACCACCUCAUGGAGAACGACCGGAACUACUACGGCUGCACUGACAUGCCCCGACAUUUUGCAGUCAAACUUGACAAGUACUCCUACAUGCUUCCAUAUAAUGAGUUCUUUGGUGGUGUCAGUGGCCUGAUGGUGAAGCAGUUCAAAAGAAUUAAUGGAUUUCCCAAUGCGUUCUGGGGCUGGGGAGGCGAGGAUGAUGACCUCUGGAACAGGGUGCAGUUUGCCAAUUACAGUGUAAGCAGACCAUAUGGAGACCUGGGACGCUACAUGUCUAUUCCGCAUCACCAUCGUGGAGAAGCCCAGUUCCUGGGAAGGUAUAGUCUACUACGUCACUCAAAGGAGAGACAGAAAGUGGAUGGUCUUAAUAACCUAAACUAUUCGCCCCUGAUUUCAAGAAGUCGACUCUUCACCAAUAUCACAGUCAGCUUGAGCAGAAAGCUUGCACCUGUGGCUGACUACUGACGUAGGCAGAGCUGGACUGCAAAAACACCUGGGAAUCAAAAGUCCUUUAGGACAUCAGCCAUAUCUCACCAGUCGCAGCACUGCUUAGGACUUAUUUAGUUUGGUUUUUUGUUUUUGCUUUUAUUGUUUAGUUUUGUUUUGCUUUGUGUUUGUUUGUAUGCAAAAACAAAAAAAACUGAAAUGGAGACUCAAAUUAGCAGAUUUGAUAAAUCAUCUUAAAAAAAAAAGAAGUAGGGAUAAAUGCUGCACUUAUUCGUGCCACAGUUCAUUACUCUUCAUCUGGGCUUGUGUACACGUCAGUCUCCACAUGCCUUUUGCACCAUUUUGGCCUUCAGCAUCCCAUUUGUCAAGUUUGUUCCUUAUUUUCUCUUUUGAUUAGCUCCGCCCUGAGCUGUUGUGCUUGACUACAUAAUUAGGUUACACAUUCAAGCACACACACACACACACACAACACACACACACGCCACACAUGUAUGCACACAGGAUUAUGUACUUGCAUGUGCUGACAUGAGGGUGGGGGAGCGUUAGAGCUUAGAUCUUUUAUUUUAGUUUAGCUCUUCUGAUUUCAUAAAUGCAGUAAGCCUGUGAAAACAUUUGCAUGUGCACACAACCCUUACAGCGCCACACAGCAACUUCAGUUGAGUGGAUUCAUGCAGCUGGUUCUGCAAUAGGAAUGCCAAAUCUAAAAGUAAAGAUAGGUAGAGAAGAUGAUAUAUUGUGCGAGAAAUAGUUUAUUCCAAGUAAAACGAAAAAAAAAAAUUCCUUAAUCAUUCGUAUUCCGUCUUGUGAACAUACCAUUGAAAGACUGUGAUGUUUGUGUUUGCGUUGUUUCAUUGAAUGUUCUGGCUGCCUGCUAAUGGCUGUAUGUUGGAGUGCAAUGCUCAUCCUGUUAGCAAUAAGCUGUAAUAUCAGACAGCAAAACUUAGCCCUGACUUCCUUAUUGUACAGAUGCAAUAGCAUGGGUGCUAGCAUUCCCCUGUUGGACUAAAGAAAAGGUGUGACUGCGUAUGCAAAUCUUAAAUUGAGCUCAACUUUGCUUAAGCAAAAUGUGGCGCCCCCUUGUUUUUUGUUUUUUUUCCUUUUUCUUUUUCCUAGAACUCACGUCUGCCUUGUGUCUACAUCUGUGUGCGAGUGAGGGCAAGCUAUGCAAAUGGCCUGCAUGCAUCUGGUCGCCAGGGAAGGAAGAGACGUUGUCUCCCAACUCUUGUCUGGCCGACUUUAGACCUCUCUCCGCGUGCAGCUUGUAAAUCUAGGUCAGAAAGAAAUAGGUGCAGGUCUAUUUUUAGACGUUCUUAAUGUUUACUCACCUUCAAAUUUUUUUUACAGCAUAAAACUGGAGGUUGCAGAUAUUUGACUUGUGUCACCAUCACUGGUGUUUACAGAAUCUCGAGCUUGUCUAGUGUUUGUAGCCAGCCUUCCUCCACCCAGGGUGCUGCAAACAUCUUAUCUGUUCAGCAACCCUUUUGUGGCUGCCUUUUUUUUUUUUUUUUUUUGCUAAAUUGACCCUUAUUUUCUUGCAUUGGAAAAAAAAAAAAGAUGAUCUGAUUGGGGAAAAAAAGAUGAUCUGAAUGAUGGUGUGUGAUUACUACUGAUUGGAUUCGUGUCCAAGCUUUUCUUUGUCUAAAUCAAACUUUGAAGUGUUGAUCUAUGUAGAGAUUUUUAUUUUUAUUUUGGAGAGGCAUGCUGCCUGACACUGUGCUUUGACACACACUGACAGUCCUCUCAAGAUACACAGCAGCUCCUCUCUGUUUGUUUAACAGUGUUCGUUUUUGGGGUCAAAUAUUCCCAAACCAAUGUAGUUCCAUUUUUAAGAUAUCACACAGACGUAUACUUUUCACUGUCUUCUUGUCAUGCAGCUACAUCAUUUCACACAAAUCGCCUUGUAUACAUUUCUAAACAUGUUUCUCCUAGGAGGCAUGUACUUAAUCGAAAAAGAAAAAAAAAACUGUUGGAUUUCAACGAUAAAAUACAAACUAAAAGGGGCUGGCCCUCUUGUCUAUUUAUUUGACAAAUUACUUACUGUUAAUUGUUCAGUUUUUAUUUUUCUUGCGGGUUGACGUGAUGACUUAGGAAGUGACAGACUGUGUUAGAUGCACUGAAACAUAGCUGUGUGUAGUAGUUUGGGAUUCUGAGGUUCAGUUCUGUGUUACUGGGGGCAGUUCCGUUUCAUUCAGACACAGAUCUUAUUUCUCUUUAGCAACGGCGCCAUUUGCGCCGCAGUAAUGAGAUGAAAUGAAAUGGAAUGGCACCCAUACUGUAGCUUGGUGUUAUUACUCUUCUGAGCAGAGGCGUUGGAGGAGGCCAUUUUGUGUGAUAACCACAGGAAGAGCAAGACAGAGUUUUAAAAAUGCUGGUGGCCACUUUCUUUCACUGAUCACCUCCAUUACACUGAUGAUAAUCAAUGGUACUGACCUUCCACAGCUCCCUUUCGGGGACGUGCUUACUGGAGCCAAUUUUACCAGGACGUGAUGUGAUAUUGAGUGAACAUAAAAACAUUAUCAAGACUUCUGGCUCUUUCAUUUAGUCUAUUCAUCAUGUGGGCUAGAUACUAUUAUGAUAUCAUCCAGCGAAUUUAUUCAUCCUGCCACGUUAAACUAACCCAUGUGUGAAUCGUUAUGCUAGCAGAUCUCAGUAGUGCUUACACCCCUGUUCAAAUACAAGGUUUCUGUUGAUUAAAACAAUGAGGCAUUCUAAAUUAAUUUACUAAAAAAAAAAAAAUAAAAAAAAAGGUCUGCAUGAGGAGCAUGUCACAUCUUAAUUUGCUCCAAAUGUACUGUAAAUUAGUUAGAUUUUGAGGACAUUUCUUCCAUGUUCUGGAUUCGAUGAUCCCUUAUAUUUUUUGUCACACUUAACUGUAGUUGUGGAUUUGGCCAUUCAAAAACUUCUAGUGAGGUAUUUUUCCUGUUGGUAUUGAAGUACUCUUAGAAUCACAUUACUGUUGGAAAAAUGAAAUAUUUCCUCUUCUUCUGCUUUAUAGCAGACAAAAUUAAUUGAAACUAUGAAUCGUCAACCACCUUUGCCGAAAAACAAAUGGAAGAAAAGAACCUCCAGAGCAGGAUGUUACCACCACUGUUCUUCGGUAUGGUGGUGUAUAGUUGUGGUUGUUCUAAAUAUCUUUAGAUAUUAGUAGCACAAUAGUUGAAGUUUUGAAUCAUGAAACAUUUUAGGAGACAUUGGCAUUACAAAACAAACAUUGCACUUACGGAGAAUACUCUUCUCACAUGUGGGGAACAAGCAGUACCAGAUAGAAAUUUCUGCAGCUCCUUCAGGGUUGCUGUCAGGCUAUUGGUAAACACAGUGACAAGUUACCAUUUUGGUAUGUCUUUGGUUUUGGAGAAAUAUCCAGAUUUUGUUUCAUCUAUGGGGCCUCUUCAUUUUCUCCAAUCAGUGAAGAGUUUUUCCACAAGAGUGCAUAUAAUCUGGAUGUCUUUCACCCUUCUUCUGACUGAGUUUUGGUUAUUUCUAACUUCUUCACAAGAUAUUGAAAAGCAAUUGCUCCUUUAAAUUAAAUCCCACAGAUGUAUAACAAUCCCAUCAGGACAUCUGACCUCUAUUUCACAUUUUACAGAAUCACAAUAACCAAUGGCAGAUUUGAACCUAAAAAUAAUGAAUGCUGAAACUGAAUCAAAAAUAUGCUUCAUCACAGUAUUGAAUUAAGGAUGCAAACUUAAUAAAAAUCUAUUUUGUUCCAUGAAAUCAACGCAGCCUGGAAUUUUAACAGUGGUGUUUACACUUCAGAGACGACCUGUGUGUUUAGAAAGAGCUGUGGCUCAUUCUCAGAAACGGGUCAUGCAAACCUCCUCGCUCCAGAUUACGGAGGUGCCCAGUGGAAGUUAGGGACAGUGGCAAGCAGUUGUGUUAAGUUUUCUGUUCCAUGUGUGUUUGAGUGAAAUGGCUAAACCUUUCAGAGGUGCAACCAUCCUCCAUAUAAACCUUCUUUUCAAGGUUUUUUUUUGGGGUUUUUUUUUUUUGUAUUUUUAUGUUUUGAAUUUUGUUUACCAGCACUGAUAUGAACAGUGCUUUCUUUUUUCCUGGUAGUGAACAGCUGGCAAGUCCUCAGUGUAGUUCCUCACAUUUACAUGAUACGCUGUAUAUUAUCUCUAAACACAACCAUCUAUAUCUAUAUAUAUAUAGAUAUCUAAAUCUCUUUC